ACACAAACAACAGUUGAUUUGCUUUCUAUUAAAAGUGCGUCUCUUUUGUCAAAACACAACAAACGAAGACAACAAUCACAGCGAUGGGCAUCUCGUGCGGCGCCACUCUCAUCAAGUAUCUCCUCUUUCUCUUCAACAUCUUAUGGCUCCUGUUGGGCGGAGUCGUGCUAUGGCUCGGCUUCAAAAUCGCCAUGUGGAGCGGAGAUCUCGAAGACAUUUACCACAACAACCUGAAGACGGGCGCCAUUGUGGUGCUGGCGGCCGGAUUCCUCAUCUUCGUGCUCGCAUUCCUCGGCUGCUGCGGAGCCAUAAAACAGAACUCCUGUAUGCUCUCAACGUACGGCGGACUGAUCCUCAUUCUGGUGGUCCUGCAGUGCGUCGGCGCGUACUUUGUGCUCCGCGACAAAGGAAAGAUCCAGGACAACAUUAAGGACGAGAUUUCCAAGAACUUCCAGAAGUGGAACGAUGGAACGACCGAUGACGUGGCGAAAAGCAUUCAGUUGUUCCAGAUGACGUUCGAGUGUUGCGGAGUGAAGGGAGAUCGGGACUACACCGACGCGGCCGGCGUUCCCUCGAGUUGUUGCGACAAAUGGGCAGCCAACAAAGACCACUUGGCCAAAGAGACCUGUAGCCGCUCGCAGGUCAAGUGGAAGGAGGGCUGCGCCGACAAACUUGAGCACACGCUCACCAACUAUAUGGGAGGUCUGGGAGGCGUCGCCAUCGCGCUCGUCCUCAUCCAACUGCUCAUUAUUGUGAGCGCCUGUUGUCUGUCGCGCGAGGUCAGGGGCUAGUCGUGCGGGCGGGCCCUCCUUUGGCCCCUUUUUGCCCCCUUUUCACGCCUUUCGACCAAAAGUGCCAUAAAUUUCGUUUUGUUUCUAUUUUUAUUACAAAUAUAUCCAAAAAAUUAUGUAUUUUUCUCGCGAUUAAAAAAUAUGUGAAAAUUGUGUCAAAAA